AUUACUGUUCAGCGCUUAUAAAGUCAGAAAGCUCUUUACGAAACCCUCCCGCUAAGCGGCCCAAACUCUUUCGUUUUCUCCUUCUCCAUGGCAGGCCGUGGAGGAUUACCGGACCUGGCGUCCAUGCCAAAUAGGGACUUUUACGAGGUCCUGAGUGUUCCUCGGACGGCAGAUGCCGAAGCUAUCAGAAAGGCAUAUCGACGCAAGGCACUCCGUUGUCACCCUGACAAAACUGGGCAAGACCCUGCGAAUAUAGAGCUUUUUCAACUCGUGCAAAGAGCGUAUGAAGUUUUGAGCGAUGAAAAGAAGCGAAGGAUAUACGAUCAAUAUGGCGAGCGGGGCGUGGUCCUAAUGGAAUCGAUGGGAGACGUUGCCCCUUUUAUUGACCCGGAUAUUCUACUCGCAAUGAACACCCUCUUUUUCGUCGGCACACUUAUUGCGGCUUUGUUGAUCAUGUUUCCCGCAUUUAUUUCUGUGCGCGCGGACAACAAAGUUUUCUGGUCGUGGGGUGUGGUGUUUAUCCCGCUAUUUAUUGUCGAUUUGUUCCUCCUUUUCGCUCUUUUAUCGACUCGCUCAACAAAGCAAACUCCAGAAGACGAGGAGGAAGAUGGGUUUACGGAAGAUCGAACAGCAAAUUUUGAGCGCCGGGAGCAGAGAGAGAAGAAGAAGAAGCUGAAGGCGUCGUCUAACUCUUUAGUCCGUUGGUGCUAUUUUGGGCUGUUCCUUCUUUUCCAAAUUUUCCUCGUGCUCCGUUUGGACGAUACUGUCGAUUGGAACUGGGCAAUCGUGUUUAUUCCAUGGUUUUUAAUGGAAAUUCUCAACGUUAUUGACAUUACUGUCGCUUAUGUGAGGACAAUUCGGCAAGGAGCGAUUCCCUUGCCGUACGAUGAAGACCCUGAAUCACAAACCCCGGGAACCCGACCUUUCUCGUCAAUGGAGAAACUGGCACUUUUCUUCGAUUCCUAUUCGACAUUUCCGCUCCGAAUUAUUCAAGCAGCUUUGCUGAUCGCAAAAUUUAAUGGCGAUAUAAGCGCAUCUUGGGGAUUAGUGUUCCUUCCCACAUGGCUCUGGGCAUUCAUUCAGAUACUUGUCAUCAUAAUGGAGCAUGUGGCUGUUCGACGUGCUACCGCUGCCGCUGGAAAGCCUGCCGAACUUCGAGUUUUGCUUGUUGGCCGAAUUAUCUUUUUGAUUAUUAUGGCGUUUUUCCUCUAUCUAGGAGUUGGACUCUUGGUCAAACGGUUGGAGGACGGUAUGGGUACACCGUCAACCGCGGUGAUUCUAAUUCCGGUGUUCAUUAUCAGCAGUCUGCUCUUUUGCUGCUUUUGCUGCUGUCUUCCAUGUCUGGUGUGUUGCAUGCGACGAGGGUUGGAAGCAGAAUUGAAUGGAGAGGAUGACGUGCCGAUUGGAGAGAUCGUGGCGUCUGACAGGCGAAUUACUUACGUAGCGACGGGGGAACCAUCCACUUCGGCUUAAUAAUUACUUACGUAGCGACGGGGGAACCAUCCACUUCGGCUUAAUAGUACAGCUGUUACGCAUAAUACUCAAUGUGCAUUUUAUGUAUCAUAAGCGACUCGGUAAUAAUUAAUAGCAUUUACAAU